AUGCAGUCCCUAUCGCACUCUGCUGAGAGGGUUUUGUGGUUUUCUACGGUUCUGGUCUUGGGGGCCCUUGUGCUGUACCAGCGGACGGACCUUGGCAGUUACUCGCCGGAAAUAUGGCUGAGGGGCCUUGGGAUGGCAGCCCUCCAAAGAAGCGAGAUCAAAACUGGAGAGCCCACUCUUAGAAUACCGAGUAACGAGCAAUCUCCAACGGCAAUAAGUCGCUCGUCAGACGACAUGCAUUUCGACGAGAACGGCGGAUCGCCCACUGAGAGUUCGAUAAAGGCUUCGGGACUUGGGAAGAGCGAGGGGCUCGUUGGAAUCGCUGGGCUUUUCGGUUUUGGGAGAAAGGGGUUGCCGGAUGCGGAGAAGACGUUUGAGCAGACAAGCGGGGUCUUGGAGCAGCUGACCAGACCAGCAACCGUAUGGAACUCGUCCAUUGUCAUUGUGCCUGCGUUAUACGGAGAGUGGAACAACGGCUGGCCCGCCUGGACCCAAAACCGGACGCUGUACACGUACCAGCGUACGGACCCGUCCGCACCCCGGUAUUGCCAGAACACGGGCUACGAGGCGGGGGUGUUCCUCAAGUUCAUCGUCGACUUUUACGAGGACCUGCCGGAUCAGACGGUCUUUCUGCACGCAGACCCCUUUGCGCACAACGCUGACAUCGAACGCUGGAUUGACUGCCUCAGCCCUGAUCUGACUUACACGACCCUUAACACGGUCUUCGUUGUCAAGCGGAGCAUCACCUUCUGGAACGGUUACGCGGGGUUCCAGGGAGUGGUCCCGCAAAUAGAAAAGUGUUGGCGCGCGCUCGCGGCCGCAUUCGACAAGCCGCUGACGCCCCAGCCGGGGCAGGAGCCGGUUGUGAGCUUUGUCUGUUGCCAGCAGAUUGCCAUCAGCCGCGACCAGAUUCGACGGAACCCGCUGGCCGCUUACCAGCGCGCUUACCAGAUGAUUGGCGUCAACGAGCGGUGCGUGGACGGGUCGAUUGACCCGGGGGAGAUCUGGUCGCUGGCGCAGCCCGCAUCGGCGGUUGGGGGGCACACCGAAGUGCCCCCCGACUUCUACGCGCGCGGUUUAGAAAGCAAGUUGAUACAGGCCCAAGCGAUGGAGCACAUAAUCCAUUUGUUGUUGAACGACGAGCCGCUGGAUAGUGUACCAGUAACGGAAGAUCAGUACUGUCAAAACUUUCGGCCCCGGUCGCAGUGCCCGGGGAGCCCGUGCCCUCGGUAG